CUCUAUAUGUGAAAUUACGCGAUUUUCGCACAAACAAGCUCCAUUAAAGUCACCUGAAACGACGGCUGAUCCUUAGGAGGCAGACCCUUUAUUAUGAAGCAUAGAAUCACACUUUCAUAUUGAGUGAACUCUUUACCACAUACUUGUGUUCUUAACUUCAUCUGUGUUCUGUGUGCAUGUUUCUAGGUGACUUCAAGUACACUUAAAAGCUUCUUUUUGAUUAUUCUGAUUGCUUUUGUUUGUAAAAACUUAAAAGUGGAGGUGAUUUGAGUUUUAGAUCUUAUUACAUCCAACUGAAAAAAUAGCAUGGGUGAUAAUCAUAGUGAUGCAGUAGACAAAGUUGAUGAGUUCAUGCUACCAGGUUUCCGGUUUCAUCCAACAGAUGAGGAGUUGGUCGGAUUUUAUUUGAAAAGGAAGAUUCAGAAGCGGCCGCUCUCCAUUGAACUUAUCAAGCAGCUUGACAUAUAUAAAUAUGACCCCUGGGAUCUUCCAAAGUUUGCAACAGCAGGAGAGAAAGAAUGGUACUUUUACUGUCCAAGGGACAGAAAAUAUAGAAAUAGUGCACGUCCAAACCGAGUGACUGGAGCUGGAUUUUGGAAAGCCACAGGAACAGACAGAGCCAUCUACUCUUCAGAAGGUUCCAAAUGCAUCGGGCUAAAAAAGUCCUUAGUAUUCUACACAGGCAGAGCUGCCAAAGGCAUGAAAACUGACUGGAUGAUGCAUGAGUUUCGCUUGCCUUCACUCACCAACUCAGUUCCCUCCAAGGACAAAAAUAUCAUUCCUCUCAAUGAUGCCUGGGCCAUAUGUAGGAUCUUCAAGAAAACCAACUCUAAUGCACAUAAAGCUCCUUUGCAUACUUGGAUCCCUCCAGACCUGCACGAAAGCAUUACUUCUUCUGAAAUGCUAAGUUUCCCACAUUUCAAUAGUGCUCAGUUCAGCUCAGAAACAAAAACAAGAAGUUCACACAUACAAGAUCCAUCCAAUAUGACUAGCUUUUCGCCUAGUUUUGAUUUCUCCUCUGAUUAUAAGCCUUACAUCCAAAUGACCUCAGGCUACCCAUAUAUGUCCCCUCAAACAAUUGAUAAUGCAACCAUAUGCACUAUUGACACUGCCAAUCUUCCUUUCAACUUGUCGUCAUCAAUAUUCAAGGAAUUUGAUAAUGUAGGUGCCUCAGAGUGUCCUGACUAUAGUACUAUACAAGAUCGGUAUGUAAACAAAGAGGCCUUGAUCAGUUUACCGCCACAAGUCCAAGAAAACACUGGGGAGGGAGGAGAGGCCUCGUCGAUGAGCUUGAUGGAAGAACCUACUUCAAAUGUUUCGUUUCUCGAUGAUGAAUGGGGAAGCCUGAUCAGAUCAUCCAUUGGAUUUCCCUAUACAUUGCCAAUGAAUAUGCAGGAGUCUUGGGAGUUUAAUCUUUUGUGUGACACUUCACUAGAUCCCACUGAUCAGAUUUCCUGUGCCUAUUCUACAAACAAGUGAAAUACUCGGAGUUGCUUGGCAGAAUUUAUCUCCGGACAAUUUUCUUUCUUUAAUGUUCUCUAUAUCUUGAUUACUACUAUGUGUUCAUGUUAGCUAGGAAGAUCUCGUUCCGGUGCUGUACAGAUAUUAAAACUAUGUUGCUCAUUCCUUUUACUUGCUAGGAAUAUGAAUACUCUGUUCUUGA